UGUGGGGCAUGGUUCCUUUAAAUAUCCACCAUUUCUUCCCUUCACAGAAUUCAUCCAAUUCCUAAUUUCUUUCCACUCUAUUCAAUUUCUCUGUGUUUCUGUUUCCUCAUUCAUCACCAUGCUUCCAAAGUUCAUCAUAAGCCCCUUCAAGGUGGAAUCCCAAGAAGGGAAGCAUGUGAACAAGAGAAGAAAACAUGUGAGAUCAUUUGAGAGUACCAACAUGGACGUUGGUUUGAGACUUCUCCCUCAAAUUACAAGCUCAAAGAACACGUCAAAUGUCCUCUUGAAAUCUGCAAUGAGAAAGACAAACCAACAAUCCAUCCCUCAAGACUUUUGCUUCCUUAAAACUUGCAAUCUAUGCAAUAAGCAGCUCAGUCCAGACAAAGAUAUUUACAUGUACAGGGGAGAUCAAGGCUUCUGCAGUGUAGAGUGCCGGAACAGACAAAUAGUUUUGGAUGACAUGAGAGAAUUAGAGAACUCUACCAAGAAAAUCGUAGCAGCUUAUAGGCAAUGUUCUAGUGAAGCACAUAGAGAGACACGCCUUAUACUUGAGGACCUACGAAUGCAGAGACUUAAAUCUAGAGUAUAAACCAAAUCCCUUGUAUAAAUAUAACCACUACUGGAAAUAAUUUUUGUGAAUCCUUCAUUUUGUUCAGAAUUGCUUCAUUAAUUAAGUAUGGAGCCUAAUUAAGAUGGGAGAUACGUAUAGGUAUACUGUGUAUGAAACAUGUUAUACCGUCCGUUUUAUUUUUUGAGAAUUUUUAAAGAAAGCUGUGACAUGUUUAUUAUUUUUUAA